UGUAUUGACGAUUGUAUCAUGUGAAAUAGUAUAUCGUAGUAUUUAUUGUCUUUUUAGUAUACAGUUGUGUUUGGUUCGUGGAGCACCAACAUGACUCUUACGGGAUGGAGGCGUGUUAUGAACAAAGUACUCUUUAUACCCCAGCGUUAUGUGCUGGGGGUAAUGGGUCUCUUCGCGUUGGCCAACGCGUUCACGAUGCGGGUUUGUCUCAGCAUGACGAUUGUACAAAUGGUGCUCCAUGUGGCUCCGUCUGAGCAUAUUGUUGGAAGUACCUGCCCGGAUAGCAGCGCCUCUUCAUCAAACACGUCUCCUGUGAGCAAUGUGUCCGUGGUGUUUGAGGGUCGAGAGCGUUAUGAUUGGGACGAAGCUACACAAGGCUUGCUUCUCAGCGCGUUCUAUUACGGCUAUGUCAUCACACAUUUGCCAGGGGGAUUAAUGGCUGAAAAAUUCGGCGGGAAAUGGACCUUGGGCUUCGGGCUCUUGAUGACGUCAGUGACCACAGCUAUUACCCCUUGGGCAGUAACUAUUGGUGGAGCAACUGGUCUAUUCAUUAUUAGAGUUAUUCAAGGCAUGGGUGAGGGACCAGUGACACCGGCUUUUGUUCUGCUACUUGCACGAUGGGCUCCUCCCGCAGAAAGGUCUCGUUUCGGUGCUAUGAUAUUCGGAGGCGCUCAAAUCGGAAACGUCUUCGGGCCAUACGUUUCUGGAAUACUCCUUGCCGAUGGUGGUGAUUGGGCUAACGUUUUUUACGUAUUUGGUGGACUUGGAAUCAUAUGGUUCGUGUUUUGGGCAUUCUUAUGUUACAACACUCCAAAUACUCAUCCAUUUAUAUCAGACGAGGAACGAGAAUAUUUAAACAAGAAUAUAAUAGCCUCCGGUUUACACAAGAAAUUGGACCCCGUACCAUUCAAGGCGCUGUUACGAUCCGCUCCUUUGUGGGUCCUCAUAAUGGCAGCAAUUGGCCACGACUGGGGAUAUUUCUCAAUGAUAACUGAUCUUCCAAAGUAUUUCUCCGAUGUCUUAAGGUUCAAUAUCAAAGAAACAGGAUUGAUGUCAGCUCUGCCAUACAUUGCGAUGUACGUCUGUUCGUUCAUCUUCGCCAGCUUCUGCGAUCUAUGCGUAAGGAAAAAAUGGCAUAGCAUUGGAACUGGAAGGAAAAUCUAUACAACUGUCUCGUCUACAAUACCAGCUAUUUUCAUUAUCCUGGCUUCGUAUUCCGGUUGCAAUCGCACUGCGGCUGUCGGUCUCUUCAUCGCUUCGAUGGCCUUCAUGGGCGGCUUCUACAGCAGUGUCAAGAUCAAUGCCAUGGACAUAGCUCCGAACUACGCUGGAACUUGUUCAGCCUUUGUUAAUGGGAUUGCCGCAAUUUCUGGUAUUAUUACGCCGUAUCUGAUCGGGUUAUUGACUCCUGAUCAAACAAUCCAACAAUGGCGGAUAGCAUUCUGGACCAUAUUCGCAGUAUUAAUAGGGACGAAUUUGGUGUACGUCAUCUGGGGAUCUGGUGAGCAGCAAUGGUGGGAUGACGUCGAUAAAUACGGAUACCCUCCGGGCUGGAAGCACGGGCCUCUGAAGAAACGAGACAUCCCUCCCGAUGGAGAAAAGAAAGUUGUUUAUCCAAAACAUGACCAUUCACCUGUAUCAAAUGACUGAUUUACUAUAAAAUAAAAAGGUUUAAUGUUCCUUUAG